AUGACGACUCGUCUUCCACAACUAUCACCCUCCCCCAUUCGUCAUCCCUCUUCAUGCUGCUCCCUCUCGCUCCCAUUACUCUCCCUCCUCGACACCAUCCUUCCUCCUCCUCCCAGUCUAACCCUCUCAAUCGGCUCCGGUCCUGGCCUCUUAGAAGCUCUGCUCCUACACCACUACCCGGCCCGUUCCAAUAGCAUUUACGGCGUGGAGGUCUUGGCCCUAAAGCCAGUUAACGUUUUUCUUCCCGAGCAAAACACCUUGACAGUGACAGGAACAUGGGCAGUGGUUGACAGUGGCUUGCUGAAGGAGGCGGGUGCGCUGCUGUUCGUCUACCCCAGGCAGCCCUCCUUGGUAAAGGCUUAUCUGGCAAGAUGGGAAGGGGAAAUCGUGGUUUGGAUCGGGCCUAGGGCAGACCUGGAGGAGUUUGGGCCAGUAUUUGACGAGUGGGCUGUUGACAAGGAGGGGGAGGAUAUGAGGAAGGGUGCCGUCGAAGCGGGGGAGGGCGUGUGGGUUUAUCGGAGGGUGUGA